CCCGCAUCUCACUUCACAUUAAGGUGCGGCAGAGGAACAGGUGCGUGAAGAGUCACAGAGGUACCUUAAAAACUAAAAAGUCAUCGUUGUUUGCUAACUUAUUUUGACGACAGCGCUAAGGAAUAAGUAGACCGACACUGACAGAGGAAAACUUUGUCAGAAAGAGAGCAAACUUAGCGAAAAAGAGUCUUUUUGAGGAGCGGGGAUUUGUACCAUCACAGCGGGUGGACGUCGUUUCUUUGUUGACCCGCCGCUCACACUUUGAAGAAAGAAGAAAUGGCCAACUCGGGUCUGCAGAUUCUGGGGUUCGCUCUGGCCCUGCUCGGUGUGAUUGGAUUGAUAAUUGGCACCAUUUUGCCGCAGUGGAAGAUGUCUGCUUAUGUCGGAGACAACAUCAUCACAGCUAUAGCCAUGUACGAAGGACUGUGGAUGUCCUGUGCCUUCCAGAGCACAGGCCAGAUCCAGUGCAAAGUGUACGACUCAAUCCUGCAGCUCAACAGUGCCCUUCAGGCAACCCGUGCCCUCAUGAUUGUGAGCAUAAUUGUAACGAUAGCCGGCUUGGGUGUGGCCUGCAUGGGAAUGAAGUGCACCAACUGUGGAGGAGAUGACAAAACACGCAAGUCUAAGAUUGCCAUGAUUGGUGGAAUCAUCAUCCUAAUUGGAGCUUUGUGUUCGAUCGUUGCUUGCUCUUGGUAUGCUCACGACAUCAUCCAAGCCUUCUACAACCCUUUCACCCCUGUCAAUACCAAGUAUGAGUUUGGUUCUGCCAUCUUCAUCGCCUGGGCUGGAGCGUUCUUGGCUGUAGUGGGAGGAGGCAUGCUGGCAGCAUCCUGCCCAAGAAACAAAUCUACCCCAAAAUACCCCAUCUCCAGACCCCCCAGCAGCAGCAAGGAGUACGUUUGAAAAGGAAAGGACUGAAGGAACACUUUGACAUUCAUACUAGUCCAACUCAGAGAUUGAAACGUUGAAAAGAUGUAUCCCAAGAGAUGAUCAGUACAUGUUUCUGUUUUUGUUUUGUAUUUUAAUUACUUCAGGAAGAUGUUACUGUAAUAUUUUAACAAAUACGUCAAAGUUUUUAAUAAUGGCUGUUUACCUCUUAAAAAGCUUAUUUGCCUGUAUUGCUCUACAGUCAGUGCUCACUGAUUUGUGUACUACUUAGUAUACAAUCCACUUAUUGAACACCUGAGAAGCACUAAGUGUAGUUAAAACAACAACGAGAAUAUACAUCUUGCUUUAACGUACAGUGCAUUAGAAGUGUGUUCAGGAAAAGUUUGAAUGCACUAAAUAGAAGGCAGAUGAGGCCAUGUAAACUUUUUCACCAUUAACAUGUACAUGCUGUUCUUCUGUUACUUCAGAGGCAAUUUGCAACAAUUACUCUUUCAUUUGUGCCUUAUUUAUAUGAACCUUGUAAAUCAUUUAGCUCCACAGCUGACCAUAUAAUCAGUUUAUUUUCUUUUAACUCAGAUUGCCAAUGUUUUUAAAGUUAUACAGCAUGCCAGUGUGAGUUAUCUAUGUGUUGACUUGUCCUGUAAUAAUGUGUGAAUGGGCUUGGCUUUUUGAUCCUGUUUUAUAAAGGCACAAUAGCUGUUGCUGCACUCAACAAAUCUUCAGUUUUUUUAAAAAGACUUUUUAAAUUGUUAUUUUUAAAUGUUUGUGUUGUGUACAUAAAAUAAAAGUGGAAAAAUGAACUGUUUUUGACUCAUCUAGAUGCAUCUUUGCUAACUUGAAAAAUGCUUGCCAGAGCACUUGACAAAAAUAGACUGGGUUUUAGGAGUGUUCAUAUGCAUAUUCAUUAUUUUAUU